AUGCAAAAGACUCUUGUUGCUCUGGUAGCCCUGGGUAGUGCUCAAGUCCAGGCCACGCCCCUGUCCACUGUCCGGCGUCGCGACAUUAUUGAAGCUCUCCCCGAGUCAGCGUCGGACGACGAGCUCAGGUUCCAGCCGCAGCUCGACUUCGACUCGGACGGCUGCUACCAGACCGCCGCCAUCUCCCCGGAUGGUACCUGCAACCCCGGCCAGGACGCCACCGGUACGCCCCAGGGGAACUGUCGCGACCCUCGCCAGCUGGAGAGCAGCAACACGUAUUCUCGCAAGAGGUGCAACAACGGCUACUGCGCUUACAUGCAAGUUCCCUUGCCCCUCGAGAGGAUAGAGAGAGAUGGAGGGAGGGGAGGGGAGAGAGGAAGAUUGGACUGCAUUGCCGAUGGCAGCACCAUACCGAGACUGACGAGAGCAAACAGGUACGAGCACUACUUUGAAAAGGACCAGGCCGUCUUGGGAAGCUUCCUGGGCGGCCACAGGCACGAGUGGGAGAAUAUCGUCGUCUUCACGCAGGCCGGCAGCACGGUGCGCGUGGCCCCCUCAUGCCACGGCAAGUACGACGGCGCGAGCAACGAGUUCCCCGUCGACGGCACGUCCCCGCAGCUGGUAUACCACAAGGACGGUGUGGCCACCCACUGCUUCCGCUUCGCCAACGACGACGACAUCUCCAACCCGGCGAACCCUACCGGUUCCUUCUUCAAGGCUCCCCUCGUCGGGUGGGACUCCUGGUCCGACGAGAGCCUGCGCGACACCAUGCUGUCUAACUGGAGCGGUGGCGUGGGGCCCAAGCUAGACGACGAGUUUACCGACUCGCUCAGGGCUGCUGCCGGUGACUAUGUUCCUGGCUUCGACCCUUCUGUCGAUGAGUGA